CAGCAAGAUCAGGGUGAGAAGGAGAACCCCAUGCGGGAGCUCCGGAUCCGCAAGCUCUGCCUCAAUAUCUGCGUGGGGGAGAGCGGAGACAGGCUGACCCGGGCAGCCAAGGUGUUGGAGCAGCUCACGGGCCAGACGCCUGUGUUUUCCAAAGCCAGGUACACCGUCAGGUCCUUUGGCAUCAGGAGAAAUGAAAAGAUCGCUGUGCACUGUACAGUGCGUGGAGCCAAGGCAGAAGAAAUUCUGGAGAAAGGCCUGAAGGUGCGGGAGUAUGAACUACGGAAAAAUAACUUCUCAGAUACUGGAAACUUUGGUUUUGGCAUUCAAGAACACAUUGACCUGGGCAUCAAAUAUGACCCAAGCAUUGGCAUCUACGGCCUGGACUUCUAUGUGGUGCUGGGUAGGCCAGGUUUCAGCAUCGCAGACAAGAAGCGCAGGACAGGCUGCAUUGGGGCCAAGCACAGGAUCAGCAAAGAGGAGGCCAUGCGCUGGUUCCAGCAGAAGUACGAUGGGAUCAUCCUUCCUGGCAAAUAAAUUUUAUCCAAAUGGCCAAUAAAAAUUUCUCAGAAAUGCAUGUUACUGUUGUGUUUGUGAAAGGAGUCCGGCCACAUUCAAAUCCU